UGGGGUGGCACCUGAGCCUGCAGGUGAGCUUCUUAGGGAUUUAAGUUCAGUUUCCCCUGAAGCUGUGUCCUACCUGGCAUGCUGAGAGAGGGCUGUCUCAUACUCAAGGCAGUGGGAGGUCUUGACCACUACUUCCCUGCCCAUCUCUGUUGGAGGCUCUGAGUCAGGAUGCUGUCCAUCCUGGGAGGCACACAGAGGUCCUUCCAUGUGGCACUCUUCUUCCUGGUGCUGGUUGUGCUCCUGAUGGCGGGCUUCCUGAAUGUGGACGUCGAAAAGUUUAAGCCUCUGCUCAGGAUCAAGGCCCAGGACUCCUCCAGGGACUCUAUGCCGGUCACCAACAUCAUGUUCCUCAAGACACAUAAGACAGCCAGCAGCACCAUGCUCAACAUUCUCUACCGCUUUUCGGAAUCUCACAACCUGUCCGUGGCGCUGCCCAAGGACUCUAUGUUCCACCUGGGUUACCCCUGGCUUUUCGUGGCACGCUACGUGGAGGGCAUGGAGCAGAAUGGCCCACAGGAUCAUCACUUCAACGUCAUGGGCAACCACUUGCGGUUCAACUUUCCUGAGGUGCAGAAAGUCAUGCCCAAUGACACUUUCUACUUGUCCAUCCUACGAAACCCAGUUUCCCAGCUGGAGUCUUCCUUCAUCUACUAUAAGAGAUAUUCGCCUGCCUUCCGGAAAGUCAAGACCUUGGACCAGUUCCUGGCAGAUCCGUGGAAGUACUACAACGUCAGCGUGGGCCUGAAAAAUGCCUAUGCAAGAAACAACAUGUGGUUUGACUUUGGCUUCGAUAACAAUGCUCAGGCUGAAGAGGGCUACGUUCGCAGGUGCCUCUCGGAGGUGGAGCGCCAGUUCCAGCUGGUGCUCAUCGCGGACUACUUCGAUGAGUCCAUGGUGCUGCUGCGCAGGCGGCUGCGCUGGCAGCUGGAUGACGUGGUGUCCUUCAAGCUGAACCUACGCAGUCAGCGUACGAUCUCGCACUUGAAUCCAGAGAGCCAGGAGCGUGCCAAGCGCUGGUGCGAGCUGGACUGGCAGCUCUACCAGCAUUUCAACCGCACGUUUUGGGCUCAGCUGUACGCGGAGGUAAGCCCCCGCCAGCUCAGGGAAGAGCUGGCGCAGCUGCGGGCGAGGCGUCGAGAGCUCACCACCCUGUGUCUUCAGGACCCCGAGCCCAAGAACACGACGCAGAUAAAAGAUCAGAAUAUGCUCCCCUAUCAGUCCGGAGAUGCUGAAAUUCUGGGCUACAAUCUUAGGCAGGGUCUGGACAAUGCUACACUGCACAUCUGUCAGAGGAUGGCGAUGCCAGAGCUCCAAUACAUGGCCCACUUGUACACGCUGCAGUUUCCCGACAAGCCUCCAAAGGACAUACCCUUGCCGAAAAAGUAGGGGUUUGGCUAAAUGACCCUUUCUCCCCAGGCUUCCCGGGGAGCCUUAAACUUGCCAGCCUACCUUUCCCAAGGGAAGAACAGGGUGAAACCUCUGUGUAGAGAUCCACCUAUCCCCAGCUCUGGGGAGAGGGCCCAACACCUAAGACAACAGGCACAGCCGGACUCUGGCUGAACCCAACCAUUGUAGAGACACGUCCUGGACAGGCCUGAAUGCCUUUAAUUAUCUGUCUGCAGGAGUCAGUCUAAACAGGCCAUCAGGUGAACAUCAGCCUCUGAGAGCACAAGGGCUUAGGCAAUGGCCUGGCGACCCAUGAAGAGGCUCAGAAAAGCUCCCUGGGAGUUUCUAGCCCCACAGAUUCAGCACUGGACCCAGAGCCAGGCUUGCAUAGAGCGCUCAGGAAGCAGCUCAAAGGUGGGCCCAGGGGAGAUGGGUGAACAGGUGGCCUCCCAUCUUUGGCUUUCUGAAGAACGGUGUAGACUGAGAGACGUGAAAGUUGCUGGUUAGCUGCACACAGGUGGGUCCACCUUAUAGUGUCCCACUGGACAAUCCCGAAGGAGAACGUGCUGGACUUGACAACGGUGCUCAGAGGGUCCCAGGGACCGUUGGUUGCCUUGGAAACCACGAUGUGUAUAGUCUCAAGGACUUUUUUUUUUUUUUUGGUGCCUCUCUUUGUCAUUUGUGGGGAGCUACUAAGUCCCCAGCCCCCAGUUCUUGCAGGAUGAGAAACCUGGUUACCUGGGGUGCCUAACACCAAGUAGCCUGGGAAAAGCAAGGUGUCACUGUCACAUGCUCAGCCUACAGCUUCAGCUUGAACUUUGUGUUUGUUGAGUCUGAGUGGAGGCUUUUCUUCUGUGUAGGAGCCUCCAGCUCGGGGCAAGAGGGCCCGUGCUCCUUUGGACAGCAAUUUAAUAGGGGUACUUUAAGAAAAAUAAUUGUCAGUGAGUUUAGAGAUGGUACAACGAAUUUAUCAAUCCAAAAGAACAUUGUAAAUUGAAAACUGACUUUCCCAAAGUGAACAGAGUUAGUCAAGAAUGCCAUGGUGGCACCGGCCUUUAAUCCCAACAUUGGGGAGGCAAAGGCAAGCAGAUUUCUGUGUUCAAGAUUAUCCUGGACAUAAUAGUGAGUUUCAGGACUUCUGGGGCUACAAAACAAGAUCCUGUCUCAAAACAGAACAAAACAGAAAACCACAAACAAACAAAAAACCCAACCAAUCAAACAAAAGCGAAACCAAGCUUCUGAAUUUGGAUGAAAUUACUCUUAAUAAACUUGUGUUCUCUAGAAGAGCAGGAAGUGCUCUUAGCCUCUGAGACAUUUCUCUGGUUCCUUAAUUAGAACUUUUCAUUCUUAGUAGACUUAAUUCUUUUUCUUUUUGUCAGUUGUGGAGACUGAUCCCAGGAUCUCGAGUGUGCUAGGCAAGUGAUUUAACAGUGAGCCAUGUCCCCAGCCCUGAACCCUUAAUUUCAAGAAAGACUCAGGAAGAAAGAGCAUUCAGUUGUUUCUUUCAUUCAUAUACAUGUAUAUGUAUGUAAAUAUAUAUGUGACAAUUGAAUAUAUGGGACAACCUUCAAUUGUCUCAUAUAUAUAUAUAUAUAUAUACAUGUGUGUAUGAGCAAUUCAUGAAAAUAUUUUGUUUCUUUGAAAACAUGCUUUCUCUCAGGAAAAAUGUUCUUUAUGUAGAAUAGGAUAUAUUUGUUGGCAGACACACACACACACACACACCCACACCCACACACACACACACUAUUUUCUUAGACUAUAAAAA